AUCUGAAAAUAGCUACAGAUUUUUUUAUCUUGACGUUUCAAAAUCUUUUAAUUUAAUUGAUACUUCAUCAAUGCAUUGGACUGAUCUUUCUUUUGUUCCAAGUAUAUUCCGAACUUAUGGUGCUUCUGUAGUUAAUGAUUAUUCUAUUUAUUUUUUUAGUGGUGGCAUUGGUUCAAAUAGUGUUGAUAAAUUUGAUGCUUUAACAGAAAAAUGGGUUGCAUUGAAUUUUUCUGGAAUUAAUACAACCUUAGCAAGAACAUCUGUAUCUUAUGUUCAAGGUGUUAUUUCAAACAAUAAAAUUUAUUAUUUUAAUCCAUUUAAUGAAAGCACUCAACAUGACUUGAUUUUGGUGAUAGGUGGAUAUUCACAAGGCCGAAUAACUUCCUUAAAUAUUAAGACUUUUAAUUGGGCAAAUCUUACGAAUUUGAAUGAUGGCUUUAGAACUGGUUUAUAUUAUCAUACUGCUACAUUAAUUGAUCAUUAUAUUAUUAUUGCAUUUGGAUAUGAUGCUAAUUACUAUCCUAACAUUUAUCUUAAUACCUAUAGCAAUAAUAUUUCUCUUCUUGAUAUAAGUCAAAAAGACAAUUAUAAAUGGGCUACUUCAUAUGUUGCUCAAGGUGGUGGCUCUCCAACUCCAACUCCAACUCCAAGAUAUAUUACCACUCCUAGUGAAAUUUUUGGUGUUGUUGGUGGAAUUAUUGGUAUAAUCUCAGGAUUGGUGGGACUUAUUCUAGUAUCUUGUAUUUGUUAUACAUAUCGUAGAAAAAAUCUACAUGUUAAUUAUAGUACUGAACAAAUAGCAGAUCAUUACCCGGUGUCCGUGAUUUCGUGA